CAUCAGGAGACACAAAUACGGAAACAUCUCAUGUAAAAUAUAGUUAAGUUAUUUCUUUUGUAGAACAAAGUCCCACUCACCAAAUGUAGAGAAAAGGGAAGCUGUUCCUCUCAGACAUUCAAUCAAAUAAAAGGAAUAUCUAAUAAUGAGUCUGUUUCAAUAAUGAUGCUCCGCUAUUUCCUGAGCUACGAAUCACAGAGCCAGCUGUAGGAAGACGGAUUGGUCUCCAUGGCAUGUGGUCGCAGUGACUAAAGCGUGACUUUUAAGUUUAUAUAAUAUUAUAUUGGAAUAUUUUGGAGGAGCUCUGUUUUUUUUCAACCCAUCAACAGGAAGCAUUAUCUGAGGAUUUAUAAUGCUUUGGGGUGACAUGUAAAAGCCACCUGGGAAACAAACAUAACGAUGCAAUUACAAACACUGAAAAUAAGAGCAAUAUUUGCCUUUUGGUGUCAUAAAAUCUGUGAUUUGUGCAGCUAUUCAAGUAGUCUGAAGAGAAGUAGCAUCACUUUACAGAGUUCAAUCCUCAUUCAGAGCGAAAUAUUUGGUGUCCACUAAUAAAGGUUAGAAGCGUGUUGUGAAAUUCAAUUAAUGAGCUUUUCUCAUAUCUUCAUGAAAAUAUGCACGGUUAAUUAAAUUGUACAAUGUUUAUCAGCUCUUAAUACUUCAGCAAUGAGGUUAUCUUUAUCAGAUGGUCGUAUAUUCCCCCCUUGUGGUUAUUUACUGCAACUACAGCUCAGCCACACUUAAGUCUGACGACAUAUCAGCAAACUGAGUAUUUGUUCUCCAUUAUCAUGAAACCAGGAAUUAAAUAGAUUACUUAAUUUGGUGAGAGCCUUAGGACAUGGUCCAUGUAGACCAGAAUAAGGAGUGCUGAGAAUGUGUUUCUCAAUAAUAAAGUAGAAUGAUUUGAUUUCUUAUGUUUUGGGUUAAUCCAAAGGUAUUUUCGGACGCUUCCGAUACGUGAGGUCACGAGGAUUAUGAAAAUGUCCACGCGUCAUUUUCACUGCGAGGUUUGACUGUUUCUGAGGUAUCCGACAUGACUGAUGGAGCACGGCCGACGUUGGGCCGGGUUCCAAUUCGCAUUUGAGCGACCUUGGUGAGGUACAACGCAGACUGGCUGACGGGGCGGUACCGUAACAUGAAGUUAUGGAGGAGCGUAAGCUAAAGAGAAAGAGUCCCAGGACCUCCAACACCACCGAUGCCCCGACCGGUGGCUCCGGCCGGAAGAACAACGCUCCCCCCGGGGGACGGCACGUCGGCUCCGGCCACAACGCGGGGACUCGCUCCAGCCAGAAGAACAAAAAUCGGAGGGGGGGGAGGGACAAACCCAGGCAGCACCUGGGGCCAGGUGGCAGAUCUACUCAGAACCAGGGCCAGGCAGCACCGAUCAUCCAGCACUCCUUUCUGACGGACGUCUCAGAUGUUCAGGAGAUGGAGAACGGCCUGCUCAGUCUCCUCAACGACUUCCACUCAGGGAAGCUACAAGCAUUUGGCAAUGAGUGCUCCAUCGGCCAGAUGGAGCAAGUGAGAGAGAUGCAGGAGAAGCUGGCCCGUUUGCACUUUGACCUCUACAGCGAGGUGGACGAAAUCCCCGAGGACCAGAGGAAAGCAGCCUGUGACACCAACAUGGACAAAUUACUCCUUAAUCUUGAGGAGCUGAGUUCUUCCAUUCAGAAGCUGAACCUCGCUGACUCCCAGGAGGUCCUGAGGGCCGCCAGCGCGUGAGCCGCAGCACAUGAGGUGAAGCAGCUCACCAGCGUCUGUCCUGCAGGACGGAUCUCCUCUGAGAUGUCACUAGACUCCCUGCAUUUACUAGUAUGGGAUCCAGCAGGAUGACAGUAAUUGACAAGUCGGAUACAUCAGGGUUUAGAGCGAUUCAUGUCAAUAAUGUACGAAAUAUUCUUUUAAUAUUGGAAAAGUCCAAGUCGGUCUGCUCAUUUCUAAAUGGUUUAGACCAAAGUGAUACUGAUAGAAAACGACCCAGUUUUGUCCAACCAGCGAUUCAUUCACACUUCCUUGAAAUGAGAAGCUUGAGAGUUUGUUUAUCAGCUUGGAUUGAAGUACUUUGACUGUUGGCUAUUCUCAGAUGCAUAUAUUUAACAAAUCACUCUGUUGCACUUUGUCUUAAUUGUCGUCCCGGGUCAGAGAGUGUCUUUAACGCCACAAACAAACGGCCGAGUGCGUUUAUAACGUAGAGCGACGCGAUCAUGUAUCUUUUCUUAGAGACAAAUAAAGGUUUCCCUUGAAACGAUGGGAGCAAUAAGCAGUGACGAUGGGAGCGGCCUGCCAUCAGCAGCAUGUUCAGUGUUCUAUAUUUGCACAUAACCACAGAACAUGCAAAACACAUCACCACUAGUGUGUCGCUUUGAAAUGACUGAAUUAUCCAAAUGUUCACUCCCAGUCAUGCCUUAAUGUUCUGCUUUCAUUUGAAUGGACUUUGCACGGGGACAGUUCUGUCUUAAGAUAAUAUCUCAUCAUUUGAUGCUGCUUUUAAAUGUGAAUCCUACUUCAUUCUGUGGCUCUGUGUUUUAACCAGCGUUGGAGGACGUGUUUUACUAAAUGUUUUGGUGGUUGUAUUUUCAUUGCUCUAAUAAACACGUGGUCUGAGUACACUG